UUCAGUUUGUCAGUUUAGUUCUUUUAUAAAUCUUUAUUGUCUGUUUGACUCAUUGUCUACAUUACGAUAAUAUCAGUUCAAUGAUAUCUUAAAGUCACUUUAAUCAUUUUGUUAGGUAUAAAAGGCUGAACUUUUUGUGUAGACCUGAUUAUCGCUAUGAUUGCAUUGGUUAUAGUCUUGUUCUGUGGAAGUGCAGCGCUAGUCGAUGCGGCUCUCGGCCGAUCGCCACACGCUGAUGAAAUUAAACAGCUAUUUCAACCAGAAGUCAAUGCGAAGGUAUCCAGCAAUAUUUUUAUUGACGCUAUUUUAGACGUGCCUCUACUGGUUAGAAGGUACCGAUAUCCUAUUGAAGUCCACCACGUGAGAACCGCCGAUGGCUAUAUCCUGGGCAUGCACCGCAUCCCUCACGGACGCAAUCGGAGCAAUGACGCUGGCGUCGACAGGCCCGUCGUGUUUUUGAUGCACGGUCUGCUGUCCUCAUCGGCUGAUUGGGUAUUAAUGGGACCUGGUUGUGCAUUUGCUUACAUAUUAGCCGACAAAGGUUACGAUGUUUGGAUGGGCAAUGCUCGGGGUAACUACUACUCGAGAAACCACACCAUACUAAACCCAGAUACAGUUCCAAUAUUCUGGAAAUUCUCUUGGGAUGAGAUAGGGAACAUUGACUUACCUACAAUGAUCAAGUACGUGCUUAUGCACACCGGGAAAGAAAGACUUCACUACGUCGGUCACUCCCAGGGUACCACGGCUUUCUUCGUUAUGGGCUCUUUGCGACCUGAAUAUAACGAAAAAAUCAUAUCGAUGCAUGCUUUGGCUCCAGUCGCAUACAUGGCACAUAGUGGAAGUCAGUUUAUAAAAGCUAUUAGUGAACUAUCGAAUCCACUUUACACUCUUGCACGUAUGAUUGGUUUAGGCGAAUUUUUGCCUAAUAACGAAAUGUUGACAUGGGCAGGACAAACAUUGUGCAGGGAAGAAGUCGGGUUCCAACAGAUUUGUAGUAAUAUGUUGUUCCUUAUGGGCGGAUGGAAUGAAGAUCAACAUAAUGCGACUAUGGUGCCAGUAAAAUUGGGUCACACCCCAGCGGGAGCUUCCGUGAAACAAUUUGCACACUACGGUCAAAGUAUGUCAGAAGGGCAGUUUAGCCGCUUCGACCACGGAUCACUAGGCAACAGAUUAAUUUAUGGCACCUCAAAACCGCCUCGUUACGACCUGUCCAAAGUAACGAGUCCCGUUUUCCUCCACUAUUCCCCGGCCGACGCCCUUGCGGAUGUUAGAGACGUUGACAGGCUGUUCGGGGAACUGGCCCGGCCAGUGGGGAAAUUCAGGAUUCCGGAUUAUUAUUUUGGACAUCUUGAUUUUAUUUGGGGCAUCGACGCGAAUACGUAUGUCUAUGAGAGAGUUAUAAACCUUCUUCAGGCUAUGGAUGUGCACGGUUAAUAAACUAAGAGCAGUUUUAUAAAUAUUAGGUUUACUAGUGAUACAGGCGCACAGAGUAGUAUUUGGUCCUAAAAGUUGGCCAAAAAUAUUUUGUUGCCCUAAUGGCUUCCUAAUAAAUAAUAAUAUUUGAUUUCAGUUUUUCCUUGAAAAAGGGAAAAAAAAAACCGUCCAAGAGCAUGUCGGACCAUGCUCAAUGUAGGGUUCCGUAGUUACCCGUCCGUCAAAAUAGACUUAUUUGUAAAAAUACAAAAACUAGUUAAUCGAUCAUAUUCGCUGUAGUUUUCCUGUUUCACGAUUUUUACAUAUUUUUUGGACUAAUGGUUCAAAAGUUAGAGGGUGGGAGGUGGAAGUAUCGAAUGUGCCUACGAAGAAAAAAAUCACCAAAAAUAGGGUGGUGCAUUAAGGUCGCUGUUUUGUUGCUGAAAUACAUACUAUAACGUAUAUUCUAUAACAUACAAUUCCAAUUUGGAGUUAGAUAUGGUGAAAAAUAUAUUAAAACUUCCUUUGAAAAUGAAUUGAAUUGAAUUGAAUUUGAUCUUCCAACAUGUGUUUUUAUAGCAGGUUUUCUGGUGCUUACAUCUCAAGGGCAUGAAUCAAGAAAAAUAAUUAUUAACUUAUUAAAAUUAAGUGCUAAAUAAAGUAAUCACCUGGGUCUCUACAAUUCUUGGUGAAAAGCAACACAAUACGACCCAGUAAAAAAAAAAAUUUUUGAAAAUAAUGAAAUUAAAGCGCAUCGAACAGUCACACGGACACUCGGCGAACGGUAACUUUCGGUUGAGUCUACACACGUGUUGGAUAGCCUUAGCGUGUUGUAUUUUUUAUUAUUAUUUGGAGCGGUUAUACUAGUUUUAGGAAACAAUGGCUUAAAGGUGGUAGAACUAAAAAAGUGAUUUAGGCCAACUUUUAGGGCCAAAUACCAGUUCGUGCGAUGGCAUUGCUUACAAAGCCUAGUCGUGGCUUCUCAUUUAGGUAUAAAUGUUACAAUAAGUCUUUGUACGAGUACGUUAUUGUUGCUCUGACUUAGUUUACAUAAGUACAAAAGUCAUAGUGUGUGUGGGGUUGGCUAAUAGGUGAGAUACAUCAACAUCAAUGUUUUCUGUUCAAAAAUAUAAAAAUAACUGUAUGUUAAAUAUUCAAGUAACUUAAAUGCCAAUUUCUAACUUAAUUUAUAUAUGAAACUCUGUAAAAUGAGACAGUAAACAUUAAAAUAAUGCGUAUCAAUUUGAGAAUAAUCUGGAAUGUUCAGUCAUGUAAUCUUUUUUAUCUUAUCUGUUUAAUAUAUUAGUUUUGCUACUGGUGUUAUUCACAUUAAUUAAUAUAAUCUAUGAUUAGAUGUUAGAUAGGAAAUAAAAUCACUGCUGUAAAAUAUAACCAGCUGAUUUCUUUCCUUAUUAUCAUUUGAUAAUGUUUUAUGAUUUAUUUAUAUACUAUAGAUAAGCUCAAACCAAUUUUAUUUACCGACUCGCACUUGGCUGGUUUUUUUGACAUUUUCACAUAUUAUAAAAUAUGACAUUGUUGCACCAAGGCGGUUUGUUUACAAAGGGCCUACCGGAAAAUGCGGAAGUCAAAAUUAAGUUAUCUGCCUCGUUAUCGUUCGAAUACGCAAGAGUGAUAUAGAGGUUAGAUAAGGAAAUUUUGAUUUUCUUGUUUCGCGGUAGAUCCUCAGAUUGUGAUGGAUUGUGUAACAUGUGGAUAAUGUAACUGGUUCCCCGCGAUAUAGUCGUAGCCUAGUGCAAAGACCUCUGACAUAUUCUGUUAUGUAUUGUAUUGAUAAUAAACUUAUUCCUAUUCUCACUUC